GCGAUUUUAGCAUUUCGGCCCCCUCUCAUUAUGCUCAUACUACCACGUUCCGCGUGAACAACCCACUCUCCGUUUUUAUUGGUGCCUUCCGUGAGCGGGGAUGGGCACAGUCCUGCUGGAGCGGGUGCCACAACAAUGCCAGGAGAGGAUUUCCAUCAGGGACAGGGAAUGGAAGAAGAAGGCGGUGUGGAGCAACAACAGGCCUAAUGUGGACAGCAACAGAAUGGGUAGGCGGCAGUCUCAAAGGAAGUCCCAGCAGCCUCAGUAUUCGCUCCCAAAUCAGGAUAAUAACCAUGACAAGAGGCUGCAGCAGAGAAGGAAGCACAAGACCCACUCCUCCUCCAAACAGAAAACUUCCCAGCACAGUGCUCAGGUGACCAUGGAGACAAAGUCCCAUCCACCUUCCCCCAGAGAGAAUAAGAUGGAGCCAACCGCGCAGCCUGCUGCUCAGCGCUGUGGCCGCAGAGAACACAAGCACAGUGGUUACAAAGGCAGCAGACACACACCAGCCUUUCCCUGCCAUCGCCCAUCUGAGGCGAGCCCAGAGGUGCUAAGUAGACUGUCACCAAACCCAGGGGUUACCGGUAUGAGCAGCUAUGACAAAGGUGACAGUGACAGUGACUUGUCCGAGUCUGAGAGACUUCCUGUAUCCCCCUCUCGCUGGGAUCCUCCACAGCUUGAGUUGAGACCAGAGGUCAUUGAAGAUGAAGCUCGCUUUUCUCGCAGCUACAGGCCAAGACUACGCAGCAAUGGUGGUUUUGACUUCCCUGACUUCCUCCCCCCACCUUUUAACUCCUGGAACCUCAGUCAGCUGGCUGCCUUUUACAACAUGGAGGGCCGUGGGGGCCCGCGACCCAGACCUGUGGGCCCUUUGGAAAGGUACCUGGAGAGGCUGCUGCAGCUGGAGUGGUGUCAGAUUCAGACGGUACAGGAGGAGGGUGGGAAGUCCGCUGUGUCAGAUGUGACAUCCAGCUGCCACAGGUCGUCUGCUGCUGCCACGUCACGCCUCAGCUCUCCUAAGUGUAUCCUCCAGUGUCAGCGUGCCUUCCCCCUCACCUUUCUUUCCUCUCUAGCCAGCCACUCGGCCCUGCUAUCUGGCUGUGCCUGUACUCUCUGUCGAAUUCGCUACUCCACUUCCUGUGGCAGCUCAUGCUGCCGCUCCACGCACAGCCACGCCCGUCAGUCCAGGCUGAGCCCAACGUUGGAGCACAGGGGGCCGACAUCUCUUCCCAAAAGGAGCUACAGUGAGAGCCGGGUGCAGUCAACAGAGAGGAGCUCAGGUUCCAGAGCCCCAAGGUUCAGCAGCCCUACGGGAUCCAACAGCCACCUGAGGAGAAUGCAAGCCUCAGGAAACAUCCGCAACACUGCUCAAGGUGCUAACAUAAAGCCUCAUUCCACUCCUAGAGACUGCAGUGUGUGGGCCCCUUUCGGGGCGCUGUGGGAUGUAUGGGACUACAGGACUGGAGGGUUUAGGAGGAGGAGUGGCUCAGAGCAGAGAAGAAGUGGUGUGGAAAGACCUCAAGGUGCAUCAGAGAAAAGACGGAGCGGUUCAGAGAGUAGAAGAGGAGGGUCGGAGUACAGGAGGACAGCUGGGCUCAAGGAACAGGAGAUCAAACCAGACGCUGUCACUGCAAUAAUGGACAAUUUACCGGGUAAACAUUCUCCUCUGAACAGACCGAAACAGGUGGAGUUUGUUACAUAAAAGCAACUUGGUUAUUGUAGGUGUAAUCGAAAAGCCACAGACAUGAACACUAUUUUUAUGAUUUAUUUAUGAAUGUAGUUUCAGUUAUUUUUCAUUUUUGAAUUGUUUGACAGGAAGAGUAGCAAGAUUGUGAUUUUGCAUUUUAUGUUCCAAUAGAGGUUCUCAUCUCAGCUCAUUUAUGAACACACUCAGUUAAAUCCAAUGCUGUGAUUACAGUCAGAUAA